AUGCAGCACAUGCCCAUCCUCGUCAUCACGGACAUCAUGAGUCGUGUAGUACCGCUCGUCCACGGCCUCUGGCAGACGGCGGCGCCGAACAAAGGAGUUCUUCCCCGGGUUGGCGAGCCUGACGAGCAUGAGCCUACCUUGUUUCGUGUUAUUAUGUUAUUGUUCAAUCCGAAGUGCAAAUGGGUAGAUCACUGCUGACAUAUUGGCAUAUUACUCACGUGUUGCUGUGAUUUGAAGGGGAACAAGAACACCUUUCUCACAUGCUGGUAACGACAUCCGCAUGCUCUGUGUCCACCGCUAAAACUACCACACCUCUUCCAUACAACGCAUGCACUUCGUUGCAUAUUAAAUGGCAG